CUGUUGACGAUUGUUAGAGCACAUGGACGGAAUGAAUGGCUAGUGAGUUAUCUAUGGUGUUUUUGGAUUAAGAAUUAUUUCUAUCUUAUUCUGUGGUUUGACAAGAUGUCAGGUUUACCUUUUGGAAAUGCUUCAAAUCAACAGAAAGAUCGAAUCCAAUGGGCUUCAGGUAGUUUAUUGGACGAUUCAAGUGAAACAGCGUCACAGUUUUCGAAUCAGUCUUUCUCCCGAUCAGGAAGCAAAACUCUUCGGGCGCCUGAUAUAGGAGUGCGCAUGCGUAAUUUGUACAAAAGUGAGAAGUUCGCAGAUGUCAAAUUCAUCAUCAAAAAAGGUAAAAAGAGCAAGUCUUCUAUAUUGGCACAUAAAGCGAUUCUUGCCGUUGGUAGCACAAAAUUCGAAGAGAUGCUCUUUGGCCCAGGUUCUUACGGUAUGUCACCGAAAGAUAUGCUCGAGAUUGAAAUCAAUAACGUAUCGUUUGGUGCAUUCAGAAACAUUGUAGAGUAUUUAUACACAGAUGAAGUAUAUUUCGAAGAUGAUUCGCUUGUAGUGGAAACUUUUGUUACGGCAAAGAAUUUUGAGAUUCAACCUCUAGUGGACAAAUGUGAAGCCUUCUUUGAAAGUCGUGAAUUAUCAGAAGAGAACGUGUGUUCCAUGCUGAAUCUAUCUGUCACCAAUAAAAUUGAAGCCUUGAAAAAUCGAUGCAUUCAAUUUAUACAAGAAAAUACUAGUGAAAUACUGAGGACACAAAAGUUCUUAGAGUGCAACAUCACAACAAUACGCACUAUUUUCAAACUUCAAGAACUAAGUCUCCGCUCCGAAGCAGAGCUCUUUGAAGCAGCUAUGCGAUGGUCCUGCAGCUGUGGAGUCAGCAAUCACAGAAACCAGAUCGAACCCUUGCUGAAAUGCAUCAGGUUUCUGACGAUGAGCCCAAAUGUCUUCAGCUCCCUCGUGAAACAUUAUCCCAAUAUUCUGUCUUCCAAAGAAGCCUUGGACAUUAUGAUGUUCAUAACGAACCCCCCUCGUGAUGGAAGAAUGGCCGUGGACCUGCCCACCUGGUGCAAUAAAGAAACGAAAAAUCGGUGCCUAAUCCGACCUGCUUCUGGAGUAACUAGCUCAUUUGCAGAUUUAUCAUUGCUAACUGAUCGAGUUGACAAAUUAACCAUCGCCCUCAGACCGUUCAAUCCUCAGAAUCUAGAUGCCCUGAAGUCUUUUUUGGAGAUGAGAUGCAUAGGAGGACGACAUCAAAUCACGGCCGUCAAAUUGGUCUUCCAAGAACCUGUUACAGCAAAGAGUCGCAUUGGUUAUCUAGUCCUUCGAAUCUUUGUAUUCCCAUCUGGAUUCAGGCACGAGGAGCACAUCCGAAUUCAAAACUCUUCUGAAGUAACUGUUAAGUUAAAAAAAAUAGCGCUUGCUAAGAAUGGGGAUAUUGUUCGCAUCGAAGCCGAUGCUAAGGAAGUUGAAAAUUACAAAUUUUACCAAUUCGACCCAAAUAAGCCUUCAGUAAUGGGUGCACCAUUUGAAUGUACCAUUGCUAGCAUGCCUAAGUGGGAAAAACUGUAUUUCAUAAGCGAAGUUCACUAUGGUCCUCAGAAGCAAGGUAUGCUUAGGAAGAAGCGAUAGUAGAGUUCGUGAAAUUCUACAUAACUAUGUGGUUGAGAAUAAUAGAUUGUAAAUAUAAUUUGCACAAAACUCUUUAACAAAUGUAUUUGAAUGAAAGAAUGUAAUGCUAAUGACCAUGUAAUAAAUUUGAUUAAAAAAGUAUUUU